UCUUAAUGUAUUUGACAUUUACGGCCAAAUAUCUGCAUUUUUCAUAAGUUAAUAUCAAAUCUUGUUCCAGUUUCCGCUAGAGAACAAUCUUUAAAAUAAGACAUAUAAACUGAUCAGAAAUGGAAUUUAAGGUUGCUAUAGCAUGUGCACUUGCCGUGACAACCAUAGGCAGCUACUUUGUUGACUGUCAACACACAAUAACUGACUGCGGUUCGUACCGUACGGUGUACGAGACAUUCUCUAGCUGCGCGCUUUUCUCAAUGUACAACAUCUCGGACAGAAAUACAAUCUUAUUUGACAAGGACAGUUUGAAUAGACAAGAUCUGUUAGAUGUUUUAAACUACUGGUGCAGCGUCCUGGCAACUGCAUCGUCGUGUACAGAUGGGAAAGCGCUUAAAUGUAGGAAUCGAGGUCAGAUUGUCUCUCUGGUCAGUAACACAGGUGGUGUGUGCAAGAAUGGUCAACUAGAUGAAGAAUAUAAAACAAUGAUUCCUGAGUCAUUCAUGUAUGAUACAAGAUGUAUGAGCCAGGCUUUAGAUAUCAUUGACACCUGCGAGAAUAAAAUCCAUGACAUUGAGUAUCAUGUAGGCAUUGUUGAUGGCGUCAACGAAAUGAGGAGAAUUGUAGAGCAAGUUCUUGUGUGCAACGCAAAGGAGCUGAGGUCUUCUAACACCUGUGUGGGAUCUCGUGACAGUAUCCUAUUUUACACCUUCCGGACAUUGACGUUUUCUGUACCACAUGCUCUUGGUAUUGACCUCCCUGUCACCGUCGUUAUGGACAUUGUAGGAAAUAAAGACUAGAUUCUGUAUGUAAGACAUUGUUGUAAUAGUUAAGUCACCAACGCAAGAAGUUUUUUGAGCUCUUUCCCUAGUUACAGAAUACAGGCAAUAUGCUGAAUAAAAGAAUAAUUUUGAUGAUAUGAUAUGAGCAUUGCCUUAUUGCCUAGUUGAUCAUUUUUAAAAUGUUUAUGUUGUUUCUGAGAAAUUACGUUUAAUUCUAUGUUAUAAAUGCAUACUCUACUGUAUAUAAUCAUUGUCUUGCACGAUCUAAUCACCCUGCCAAAAUGCGUUAUUUCUAAUAAAUAAUGAUUAACUUGUGA